AUGAAUGUUGUAGCGUACCUCACCAACAGGUCAUCGCCGCCCAAACACAACGACAAAGGCGCUGCUUUGCACAACACAAAUGGUUCAACGGGGGAUCAAGCCGUUAUUGUGAUUAGAAGCAAUUCAGAGGGGAGUGCCGAACAGUCAAAAACAAAUACGGACGUGAAACGCCAACAACCAGUCUCCAAAGUAAAACAGGUGGUACGAAUGAUAUGGAUGGCUCUCAUCUUUGUGCCAUACAUGUUGCUAGUAAAGCCCACACUCUUUAUCUGGUCUGUGUUGACCUUUCCACUAAGCUUUGUUGAGAGUUCUGGCAAAGAAAAGAUCAAGGACGAGGCAGCUCAGGAUACCAGCGAGAACGCAAGCACGAACUCCUUGGGCUUUUCGUCCUCAAUCUCGCCAAUCAACACAAUUACAGAGGAGGACGACGACCUAGGUGGCGAUGAAAUGAUCCUACAGCCCGACACCGUGAAGGGUUCCCUAGCGGCCAAGGUAUCUGCGGCCGAUGAUACCACUACGGUGCAGCAGCAGCAGCCACAACAUCUCCAUCAGGGCUCGAGACAGGAGCAGGACCAUGAGCGGAUCUUGACCCCGGAGGGCCUGCUGGAAAAGCAGGCUAAGAACCUAGCCAAGCCCGCGAGCGUGCGGUCUGCGACUAGUAGUGCUGGAACCACACUCGGGUCAAGGCGUAUGGGAAGGUUUCUGUUCCCGAAAAAACUGAUUCCACAGUCGAUGCUGAAUCGCGCCAAGCGUCGUACGCUCGUCUUGGACCUGGACGAGACCCUGAUCCACUCCAUGUCGCGAGGAACGUCCUCCAGCAACUCGUCACAGGGACAUAUGGUGGAGGUCAAGUUUGCGGUAAGCGGCAUAUCUUCUCUAUACUACGUCUACAAGCGGCCCUACUGCGAUCUUUUUCUUACCAAGAUUGCCAAUUGGUAUGAUCUGGUCAUCUUUACGGCGUCUAUGAAAGAAUACGCAGACCCGGUCAUCGACUGGCUUGAGGGGUCGUUUCCGGGCAGAUUUUCCAGACGGCUCUACCGCCAAGAUUGUACAUUGCGAGACGGAAUUGGCUACAUCAAAGACCUAUCGUUGCUUUCGUCCACCCAUGCACCUCUCAGUGAUAUUUUUAUUAUUGAUAACAGCCCCGUCAGCUACGCUAUGCAUGUGGACAAUGCUAUCCAAGUCGAGGGCUGGAUAAGCGAUCCCACUGACACAGACCUGCUGAACCUUUUACCAUUUCUGGAGGCCCUGCAGUUCACCACCGACGUUCGCAACGUGCUGGCUCUUAAAAACGGCGAGAGUGCGUUUGCAAUGUGA